CAUAAUGCAACCGAAGUCGGAGGCUCCUCAUUCCGUGACAAAGAUUGGAGCUGGACAGUCAAAGAUUUGGAAUGACACAGAAGCUAGCAGAUAUGGGGAAACAGCUGCAGUGUGCUCCCAUGGUUGUAGUGCUUGUGGUCUGUGCCCUGGUCGCCUCGCUGUGCGUGUUUUCCACACAGCAGCAGCGCUACUCGUACCUCAUCACGUCUGAAGGCGGGUCGCUGCAGGGAAUUGACCGGCCAGACGUCCUCCCUGCGACGGCAAACAUGUCGAGAAGUGAGCAUGAAGUCGCGAACCCGCACCCGUUCGUUUUCACUUUAAACCAUCCGGUUCGAUGCGUGAGUUCGGAUGUGUUCCUUCUGAUUAUCGUGCCCACACCGCCCGAGGGUCAGGCACAGAGGCAGGCCGUCAGGCAAACAUGGGGAGACGAGACCAGCGUACCGGGGGUGGUUAUCAGGACAGUCUUCGCAGUCGGCGAUAGCGGGGAUGUAAAGGUCCAACAAGCUUUGGAAGACGAGAAUAAGUUAUUCGGAGACAUCAUUCAGGAAAACUUUGCAGACACGCCUCGCAAUGCCACCCUGAAGACAGUCAUGGGUUUAAAAUGGGCCUCGCGGUUCUGUCCCAACGCCAAAUAUGUCUUGAAAGCGUCGCCAGACAUUUUCGUGAACAUUUUAAACUUGGUGAACUACUUGGAAGAGUUGCCCGCAUCUGCGACCAAAUUACUGGUCGGUUGGGUCAACACGGACGAAAAGCCCGCUCGUGAGCCAUUGCAGCAACGGUACGUACCUAAAGAUGAGUAUCCACGCGACAUGUAUCCGCCCUAUGCCCGCGGCUUCGCCUAUGUCAUGUCCGGCGACAUGCCGAAGCUUCUGUACGAGACCUCCCUGACUACAAAGUACUUCUACUUGGAGGAUGUGUACGUCGGCACUUGCCUGAAGAAACUCGGCAUUGCCCCAAAACAUCACGGCAAGUUCUGUGAUGGAUUCUACUCCUGUACAUUGGAUUGCUACACGUGUUAGAACUAUGGAAACUGUUAGCCUCCAUAGCAUGCCAAAAACUGGGGGUUUGGGGGGGUCUUCAGGGUCUUUGGGAGCU